AUGGCCACCAAUGACCCAAGUUUAAACAGUAUUCCAUCAGCCCCAAAUGAUUUGCCCCCUCCAUAUUCAGCCGUUGUAGGUAAUCCACCGUAUGGCUUUGUGGCACCUACGGGGAAUAGUUACACUACCACCGGCUCUGAACCUCCUAAAUAUUUCACUCCUCCUGGCGUAUAUCCCCAUCCUUCCCCUAAUACUGUCAACAUUUCUCAGCCUCUUGCGAGAGAUAUGCCUACCUCUUCAAAUGUGACAGUUCCUGUCGGAGUUCUCUUACCAGCUGCUGUAGGGUCUGAACCAACAACAGUUACUUGUUAUAAUUGUGGAAAAGUAGUUACCACUCGAGUGACCUAUACCACUGCUUGGCAUACACACUUGGUUGCUGGUUCAUUAUGCAUCAUCACUAUGGCCUGUUCUUUAUGCUGUCUCGGGCUGGUCCCAUAUUGCUUUGACACAUUCAAGGAUGCAGAGCAUUACUGCCCAAACUGCAGUACCUUUAUUGGAAAAAGCAAUAAGUGUUAA